UGGCAUAAGCGUAAUUUGAUUCGAUCGUGGGUUUGUUGUGGGUUUACGUCACAUCCUCCUAGUCUCUUCCUUAGGAAGGGAAAGCUCUUGUAUUAUCGUAAUUUCAGGAAAUAUUUUUAUAGUAUUUGAAGCUUUAUACAAGAAACAAGACGCCAUGUUUUCCUUUAACAUGUUUGAUCACCCUAUCCCUCGCGCUUUCCACAACCGCUUCUCCACUCAGUACCGCUGCUACUCUGUGUCCAUGUUGGCUGGACCCAACGACCGGUCAGACGUCGAGAAAGGCGGAAAAAUUAUCAUGCCCCCAUCUGCAUUAGACCAGCUAAGCAGACUUAAUAUCACAUACCCUAUGCUGUUUAAACUGACCAAUAAAAACUCAGACAGAAUGACACACUGUGGUGUUUUGGAGUUUGUUGCUGAUGAAGGGAUCUGUUACCUGCCCCACUGGAUGAUGCAGAACCUAUUAUUGGAAGAAGGAGGUUUGGUCCAGGUUGAAAGUGUUAAUCUCAUGGUGGCAACAUACUCUAAAUUUCAGCCUCAGAGUCCAGACUUCUUGGACAUCACAAACCCCAAAGCUGUACUAGAAAAUGCUUUGAGAAACUUUGCCUGCUUGACAACUGGUGAUGUCAUUGCCAUCAACUAUAAUGAAAAGAUCUAUGAGCUACGUGUCAUGGAGACCAAGCCAGACAAAGCAGUGUCCAUUAUCGAAUGUGAUAUGAAUGUUGACUUUGAUGCUCCACUUGGAUAUAAAGAGCCAGAGAGACCUACACAGCAUCAUGAGGAACCAGCAGAUGAAGAGACAGACCCGAGUAAUUACGAGAUGGAUCUUGGAUUCAGAGCUUUCACAGGCUCUGGGAAUCGCCUUGAUGGAAAGAAGAAAGGCAUUGAGCCAAGUCCUUCUCCCAUGGUACCAGGUGACAUCAAACGGGGUAUUCCGAACUACGACUUCAAAGUUGGGAAGAUCACUUUCAUCAGAAACUCCAGACCACAGCCUCGGAGAACAGAAGAGGAUGACACACCCAGUAGCUUCAUUGCAUUCUCAGGAGAAGGCCAGUCAUUGCGCAAGAAGGGGAGGAAACCAUGAUUAAACCACAAGUAGACCAGAAAAAAAACAAUAAAAGCAUCUACAAACUA